AUGCGCUUAUCUGCCCUCUUCUUUCCAUUGCUCUUUGUAUUAUCCAUUUGCUUGUCAACAAAUGCGCAACAUCCACAGCAGUCAAUCCACUACUAUUUACAAAAUAAUACGCUCCAUGUCAGAUCGAUGAACCAUCAGCGCAGAUCUCUUUUAUCUAGACAACAACAGGAACCAGUGAACUUCCCAUCCUCAUCCACAAUACCAGUGUCGUCAAAAGAUCCCAUCUUUGCACUUGUCAUUUUCGUUGCACUAAGCUCACUCAUGUUUUAA